AUGGGACCACACUGCGGAUGCUUGGCAGAGGUGGUGCUGGUGGAGGAUGGCAGUGGCACGCUCCACAUCAACACGAGCGAUCCAGCGAGCCAGCCCGUGCUGGUGAACGGGGUGAACGUGGACGCGUUGUUUGAGACCGUCAAAGCCCAGCAGAGCAUGCUGGAGCAGUAUCAAGCAGCCGUGCAGGCGCAGCAGAGCAUCAACAGUGUUCAGCAGAGCACAAUUGAUGCGCAGCAUGACAUCAACUCCGCACUGCAGAGUAAGGUCGGCUACCUUUGCCAAGCAAGGGCUCAGCAGAUUGGACAUUAUCAUCACAGUGCGUCAACAUUUCAGUGGGUUGGUGGUGUGCUGGCCAACAAUGGGCUGCUCUAUGCUACCCCACACAAUGCAGAUUCCGUUCUCAUCAUCGACCCCAGCACCAAUACCGUCGACGUCACAACCAUCAGCGGCCUCGGGACAAAUGGAGGCAAUUGGGCUGGUGCCGUUCAGGCGCUCAACAGCCUCAUCUAUAUGUUCCCGGCAAACAAAGCAAGCAUGCUCAUCAUCGAUCCGGUCACCAACGCCGUUGACACCACUAGCAUUCAAUCGCUUGGCUCUGGCAACGGCAAGUGGUUCAGCGGCGUGACAGCAGACAACGGCCUUGUUUUUGGCGUUCCAUACUACGCCACCGAUGUGCUUCUCAUCGACCCAACGACGAACACUGCCGACGUCACCAGCAUGUCUAGCCUGUCUUCCGACAUUGAGAAGUGGUAUGGCGGUGUGCAGGCACCCAACGGCCUCAUCUACUGCAUUCCCAACAUAGCUUCCUCAGUGCUCAUCAUCAAUCCAGAGUCCCUAACGAUGGAUCUGACCACGUUGAAUGGUCUCGGUACCGGCGCCAAGUGGUAUGGCGGAGUGCUUGCAGGCAACGGCCUCAUCUACGCCAUUCCCGCGUACACUGCGACGGCGCUCAUCAUCGAUCCAGCAACCAACACCACAGACAUGCUCAUUGUCGCUGAAGCGACAAGCUCACGCAAGUGGAUCGGGGGCGUGCUUGCUCCGAGUGGCAAUGUGAUUGGCGUCCCAUACAGCUCACCAUCCGUCCUCGUCAUUGAUCCAACCACCAACACCAGUGACACAACCUCUGUCAGAGAUCUUGCUGGUUCUAGCAAGUGGUAUGGUGGCGUGCUGGCCAACAAUGGCCUCAUCUAUGGCGCUCCAAGCCAGGCAAAUACGGUGCUCGUCAUCGAUCCUGGCUGCUGA